AUGUCAGUUGUUAGCUACGGUCCUAUGGAACAUCUUCAAAUGGAUCUUGUAGACUUUACAGCAUAUAAAGAACAAAAUGAUGGCUUUGCAUGGCUUCUUACGAUCGUCUGCAUUUUUUCAAAGUUUUUUUGGGCUAUUCCGCUUAAGACUAAAGAAACUGUAAUCAUUGAGGAUGCCUUGGUUUCUUUAUUUGCUCAAUGGGGUGUGCCAUCGAUCCUUCAAUCUGAUAAUGACAAGGAAUUCGUUUCCAAUAUCAUUAAAAAUAUUUGUAUGGCUCUUGGGAUUACAAUUCGACAUGAUCAUCCACGAUAUCCACAAUCACAAGGUCAAAUAGAGCGAUUAAAUCAGACAAUCAGAUGUGGAUUUACAAAAAUGAUGUGGGAUGAAGAAAAUCAACUUCAAAAUGUUAAUUGGAAAGAUAACCUGCAAAAAUUUAUUUUCUCUUAUAAUACCACACGACAUAGUGCUCACAAUAAAACUCCCUGUGAAGUUAUGUUUGGUUAUAAACUCCUUGGAAUUUAUCAAAAAUUUAAUCUAAAAGAUAUAGAAGCUGUUCAAGAAAUAGACAAUUCACCUGAAAUUCAAGUUGCUAAUACUGUCAUUUUAUCGCAAGUCGUUCGAGAACAUCUGGAGAAGAUUACAGCUAUUCAAGAUAAUAUAAACAAUCAGCUUGAGAAAUCAUGCAAAUAUAUGAUUAAACAUUCUAAUGUUCACCGUCAUACAAAUAUUCUUGAACCAGGUCAAUCAGUUACAAUUGCUCCAGAUACUGAUAUGAACCCAUCGACUAGAAAGCGCAAGUUGGAAGUUACUUUUAAGGAUACCGGAACGAUUAUUGGUAUAACAAACAAUAAUAAGACCGUUAUUAUUGAAACGCCUGAGAAAAAUACUAAACGUUGUCCUUCAAAAAGGGUUCGUCGUCUUAAAAAAGUUGAUUCUUAA